CCCUCCUCCUGGGCAGCCCGCUCUGCAGUGGGGCGAUCGGGCGAUGCGGUGACGUCGGUGUUUGAGGGCGCUGCCAUUGGCGGCAGCGGCGUGACGGGCGAUGUGGCGCGUGCUGCGCCGGGCCCUUAGCGGCGGCCGCCGCGGAGCCGCCGUCCCCGCGGGGCAGCGCUGCCACCGGCCGCUCGCGUCCUGCGCCGUCCUGUGCGGGGGGAAGGCCCGGGCCCACAGAACGUGUGCUGCCAUCACGAUGCCUGAAGUAAACACAGAUCACCUGGAUGAGCAGCAGGUGCAGCUCCUGGCAGAGAUGUGCAUCCUGAUUGACGAAAAUGAUAAUAGGAUUGGAGCAGAUACCAAGAAAAACUGUCACUUGAAUGAAAAUAUUGAUAAAGGUUUACUGCACCGAGCUUUCAGUGUUUUCUUAUUUAAUACAGAAAAUAAACUAUUGCUGCAGCAGAGGUCAAAUGCAAAAAUUACAUUUCCAGAUUGUUUUACCAACACUUGUUGCAGUCAUCCCCUAAGCCAUCCGCUAGAACUGGAAGAAAAUGAUGCCAUUGGGGUUCGGAGAGCAGCGCAGCGGCGGCUGAAAGCAGAAUUAGGAAUACCCAUGGAGCAGGUACCUCCAGAAGAAAUCUCCUAUCUGACACGAAUUCACUACAAGGCCAAGUCUGAUGGGAUCUGGGGUGAACAUGAGAUAGACUAUAUCUUGUUUGUACAGAAGGACGUAACGCUGAAUCCUGACCCCAAUGAGAUCCAAAGCUACUGCUACGUGACACAGAAAGAAUUGAAACAGCUCUUGGACAAAGCCUCCAAGAAUGAAGUUAAGAUUACUCCAUGGUUUAAACUAAUUGCAGAGACUUUUCUUUUUAAGUGGUGGGAUAACUUAUCCAACUUGAACAAAUUUGUUGAUCAUGAAAAAAUACACAGGAUGUAAAUUGGGGGGGUAGAAGAUACAGAAGGCCAGCAGCGAUGUGCUGUCUCAUUAACGCUAUGGUAGCUCGUGACUCUUGGGUGCAGAAAAUUGGUCCGCCUGGAGCAUGUUUAACAAAUAAGUUCAUAGAGAAAUGGUUGUAGCAAAUGUUUUUUCUUCUCUCUUCACCUCCUCUUCCCCCCAGCCCUGUUUCUCUUACGUGAGUUAAGCUUGGUCUCAUGUAAAAUGGACAAUGGUAACAUAAAUACCCCCUGGGUUCAUCUUUCUCCAUUACCUGGUACAAUAGGAAAGACCCUCAGCCUGCAUGUGCCGGUUUGCUCUUCCUUCUUGUGUAGCAGCACACGCUGGCCGGGGCUUCGGGCGCCCACCUCAUCCUGCAGAGCUGGCACGUUCCCAGCGUCCUGGGGCUGCACCUUCUCAAACAACAAUUAGAAAUUAAUUUGAGUUCUGCACUGAUAAUGAGAAGACGAGUUGCCUGAAGACAAAAAAAUCAAUUAAUUCAAACUAAUCAGGAUGAUUUUAUUUGCAGAAAGCAUGUCUCUUUAGCUACUGUAUUCUAUAAUUAACCAAACACAGAAAAGUUCAAGUAGUUGGAUUCUCUGUGUGGACCGAGUUUCACUUUGAAGUGCUGCAACAUGUGUCAUAGUUGAUGAUGAUAAACACUGGGGGGUUGCUUUGGGUUUUUUUCCCCACCACCCUUUUCUGGUUAGUUGAUGGCUGAGUACUGGAGGUCUCUUAAAAAAUAAAAAGCGGGGUGUUAAUUAUACCUGAUGUAAUGAUAUCUGUUGUGUAUAGGAAAUAGCCUGGCUUUGGAGAGGGACAUGCACCAGUGACUCUUCCCCAUCUUCCAGAAAACAAAGGCAUCGUGAUCCAAGCUUGUCUUUCCUGCAACAUCUACUGUAAUAGUCAUUCCCAGAAAACUCAAUCCCCUUGAAUUCUGGAAUUCAGGAUUGACAAUUUACAGGCUUACGCUAGGUCUUAAGUUCACUUAAUCAGAAACUGGAUCAGGAUGCAAGAACUAAUCCUUUUUGAUCUUGCAGUCAAUUGCGAGUAACAAGUUAAAUGGAAGGCUGUAUUUAAUAAGACAAAUAAUCAAGGGUAUCUCAAUUUGAAUUAAAGGUUUUGGUUCUCCCUCCCCUCCAAAGAAAAGAUUAAUUAUGAUUUCUUCUGUUAGCACACUGCUGCCUCCAUCUUCUCCCAGAGGUGUCUUGAUAGAGGAUGUUGUUCACGCCCCUUUCUCCUGGCAUGUAAACCAUGGCUGUAACUAGUCUGUGUCCGGCUACAUUUUUCCAGGGGCAAACAUUUCUGUUUUCAAAGCAUCUCUAGUGGUUCAACACUGAGAGGUUUUGGUUGUUGAAUUGAUGAAUUGUCUGGAAGUAAAUGACGGUGGGUGAGGGAGCAGUAACGCAAUGUAACAGCUCCUGAACUCAGCGCCAUCAGCCAUGUGACCUGGGUAAUACCCUACAUUUCAAAUACUUUAAAUAUUUUUAAAAUAAAAUAUUAUCUUAAGAUUAGGAUGAAAAUACCUAACUUAAGGCCUUGGAACGUUGUUGUCUUUCCAGACAUUGAGCCACAUGAAAAAAUAAUCUCUGCCGUUACUACACUAUGAACAACACGAUGCCUACUAGAUGUCACUGAAGCAGCACAGUGCAGGGAGCGGGGCACAGAUUUAUUCUGACAACAUUCUCUUUUUCUAGUUCAAAGGGCCAGCUUGGAGCAAAGCUGACAAAGUUAUCCUGAAGUAGAAAUAAUGUGCGUAAGGAAGCUGAAAGCAAAGUUUUGCUAAAUAGUUCUUCAAGAUCCCUUUAAACUUUUGACAAUAAAGUUUUUCUUGACAUGGAAA